AGUUUUGUUAGUUGAGGACAUAGAACAGUCGGAACACUUUUAUCUGAUAUACAGAGGCAUGUUUUGUUCCAGGUUCGAUACGGUAUAUGGUGUAUGUGAACCGGCGCCUUUAACCCCAUGGCAGGAUUUUAAACGACAAUGCCGGAAAUUUUUUUAUCGAACCGUAGAAGGAAAUGCAAUUACAAAAAAAAGCUUGUAUAGGACUCUGACGAAUUGGAUACCGGUGAUUGAUUGGCUACCAAAAUACGAAUGGCGUUCGAGCCUCUUACCAGAUGUCAUUGCUGGUAUUACUAUUGGAUUUCUCAAUACUCCCCAAGGUGUUGCCUAUGCAAUGGCUACAAAGACUCCGCCCGUUACUGGACUAUAUGUUUCCUUUUUCCCGCUCCUUGUAUAUUUUAUGAUGGCAACAUCACGCCAUCUUUCACUAGGAACGGACGCUGUAACCAGUGUCAUGGCCAGCAAAAUAGUUCAUGAUCAUGCACUGUUCGCGGAAGAUGCCAACGGGAAUGUCACGCAUCCUGAAUUUAAGGAGCUGCCGUAUAACGGAUCGGUGUAUACUAUUGCGGAAUGGAGCCAGAUUGAAAUAGCCUCAGCAGCAGGGUUUUUGUGCGGUAUAUGGCAACUAAUAUUCGGUUUGAUUGGUGCUGGAGGACUGGUUGUAUAUUUCUCCGAUCAGUUAGUUCAAGGGUUUACAUGCGGUGCAGCUUUCCAUGUCUUCACAAGCCAGUUGGGAUCCGUUUUUGGCGUCACAGGCUUGCAUGACCACUACGGAGCGUUUAAAUUAAUAAAUAUUUACGCGAACUUUUUUCAAGUGAUACGAUCUACGCACGUUACCACAUUUGUGGUGGGCCUUAUAUCAGUCAUUUUUCUGAUUGUGGUCAAGUUUUUUAUUAACGGCAAUAGGAAAAUCAUGUCAGUAAUUAAGGUACCGAUUCCAGCGGAACUCUUCGUCGUAAUUUUUGGCACCUUGGCCUCACAUUUAAUGAAUAUGGAAAAAGAUUACGGAGUUAAAAUCAUCAAAAAGAUUCCCAUAGGUUUUCCAUCUCCACAGCUGCCACAUUUUUCUAAAAUGUCUGAGAUGAUUGGAGAUACCUUUGCCAUAGCUGUUGUGUCGUUGUCAAUAAGUAUUACCCUGGGACUCCUGUUUGCCAGCAAACACGGAUAUUCCAUUGAUCCAGACCAAGAAUUCAAAGCGAUGGGCGUGGCCAAAAUAUUUGGAUCAUUUUUUCAAUGCUUUCCUUCAAGUGCUUCUGUCGCCAGAACUGCUGUACAAAAUGAUGUUGGUGGCAAAACGCAGAUUGUGAGCCUUGUUCAGUGCACCAUUGUCCUCGCUGUGAUUGUUUAUUUUGGAAAAUUUUUGGAACCAUUACCAAAAGCCUGUCUAGGAGCCAUUGUAAUGGUAUCGGUAUUGAAGCUGAUGUUCCAGAUUGGUGAACUAAUCACCUUGUGGAGUCUUUCAUGGAUUGACAUGUUUAUUUUCCUUCUGGUGUUUUUGGGAGUUAUAAUUUUGGAUGUUGAUCUUGGACUUGCCGUCGGAAUUGGUUGCGCGAUAGCCACGGUUAUGUUAAGGCUGCAAAAACCCAAAGUUGGACCCAUUGGACGAAUUCCUGGCACGGACAUUUACAGGCGAACUGAUGUUUACUCGACGGCAGUAGAAGUUUUGGGAAUUAAAAUUGUCCGCGUGGACGCACCAAUUUACUUCGCCAACGCUUCAUACAUUAAACGGCGCGUUUACGCCUGGGCUGAUCUAUACAAUCUCAUUAAAAAAUACAAAGGGACCAAAGCGUACGAAAAAAAGCAGGAAACCGAACCUGAGCAGAAGCAUAAUUUUGCAUUUACCAAUAAUAUUUCGGUAAAUGACGGUGAUGGAGAUUCGAUGGAAAGGCGCAUGCGAACACGCAAGCUGAGUCGAGAAAGCGCCGGUGCCCGAUCGAUUACUUCGUCCAUCCGACGUUUGAGUCUGCUGGCCGGUGGACGACGCCGGUCUGCACAUACCAACAUCGACAUGGAAAUUCUGAAUAAAGUCCGGCACACCUACGAAAGCCAUGCCGAUGAAAUAGAUGCCGAUACCUUGACGAUGGCGGAAACAGUUCCCACCAAACACUUGAUUAUUGACUGUUCGGAAGUGUGUUUUGUGGAUGUUACCGGUGUGGGAUUCUUGAAGAAGUGCUCAAUGGAGUGCAGUGCGAUUGACGUAGAACUACUGCUGGCCUGCACAAACAAGCCGGUUCGAGAUAUGCUCGUUUUAUGCAAAGCUGACGAGUACAUUAAGCCGCAUCAGUUAUUCGUGACCUUACACGACGCAGUAUUGUAUGCACUCAAUGUUCAGCGUCGUGCCGGAAGCAAUAGCGCUGCCAUGAAUAUUCACAAUAAGUUAAUGCACGUCACUACUGACGAAGCAGCGCCGCCAUCCAGGAAAGUAAGCGUUGCUUACGAAGCAGCGCCGCCAUCCAGAAAAACUAGCACUACUGCUUACGAGUACGUCAACAGGGGAUUCCAACGGCAUGGAUCCAUAAACUCCUAUGCUUCAUCACGAAAAUGAUAAGGAACUGCAAUUUGGUACAGAGUUUAAUUUGGAAAUGUGCAAGCUGCGCUUAUUGCAUUUUUGAUUCUGUUAUAUAUUCAUACCGCAGACUGCAUUAUUUAAAGGUCGUAGAAAAGUCAUUUGAAAAUAUGUCAUGAAUGAACAUUGAACUGAACUACCAAAAAACUAUAUUUUGCCGAAUUUUACGUCCCUUUUGGCGAUGAGCAACGUUCUGAUAAGUUUUGUUACAAAACCAUGCUGGACGGUAAACUGUCACGGCUUCAUAGUGCUCAGGC